GAGCUACAGUUCUGGCGGAAGCCAAGAAGACCGAUGGCCUCAGACAGUGGACGGGGACUGCGAACUCGGACCGGGCUGGGCAUCCGCUGUGUCGUUGGAAAGGCUUGAGUCAUGCUUCCUCUUGUGAGACAUUAAAUUGGAGCCUAGGGAGCGAAGCAUCAAGUGGCGCCGUUUCCUCCCUUCAGAGCCAACCCUGCUGGGCAUCUCGGGUCAGAUCAGCCCUGGGAACGCCUCCCCACUCCGCCCGCCACCUCGGAGCUCCGGGGCUCAGCCCCGCGCACCUGCCCCACCGACGCCUGCCCCGCGCACCUGCCCCACCCACGCCUGCCCCGCGCACCUGCCGGGUCCACACCUGCCAUUUGUCCAACUGGCCACACACCCAGCAGUCCCGCCCCUGCCCGACCCGACCGGUACCCGCCCCUUGCCUUCCUGACCCCCGGGCUCCGCGGCAGUUGCCCGGGAGCUGCAGCCAGGGCCGGGAGGGGAGCAGCACCUGGAAGAUGCGCCAGGUGGCCGGCGGUGCCCUCAAGGUCGUGCUCCUGGUCUUCGCCUGCUUGUGUGCCUGGUAUUCUGGGUACCUACUCGCAGAGCUCAUCCCGGAUGCGCCCCUGUCCAGUGCUGCCUAUAGCAUCCGCAACAUUGGGGAGAGACCUGUCCUCAAAGCCCCAGCUCCCAAAAGACAAAAAUGUGACCACUGGACUCCCUGCCCAUCUGACACCUAUGCCUACCGGUUACUCAGUGGAGGUGGCAAAAACAAGUAUGCCAAAAUCUGCUUUGAGGACAACCUGCUCAUGGGAGAAAAGCUGGGGAACGUCGCCAGAGGAAUAAACAUUGCCAUUGUCAACUAUGUAACCGGGAAUGUGACAGCAGCAAGGUGUUUUGAUAUGUAUGAAGGUGAUAACUCCGGACCGAUGACAGAGUUUAUUCAGAGUGCUCCUUCAAAAUCUCUGCUCUUCAUGGUGACAUAUGACGACGGAAGCACAAGACUGAAGGAUGAUGCCAAGAAUGCCAUAGAAGCACUUGGAAGUAGAGAAAUCAGGAACAUGAAAUUCAGGUCUUCCUGGGUAUUUCUCGCAGCAAAAGGCUUUGAACUCCCAUCAGAAAUUGAGAGAGAAAAGAUCAACCACUCUGAUACUAAAAACAACAGAUAUUCUGGCUGGCCAGCAGAGAUCCAGAUAGAAGGCUGCAUACCCAGAGAACCAAGCUGACACUCCAGGGCCCUUAAUAAAUGUAUUCUGUAUAAACAA